AUGGAGUUGCGGGAUGCUAUCAUUGAUUUCCUGGAGCUGAAAAAAGGGAAGGACGAUCCCAGAUGGGAAGAGAUCAAGGUUCAACCCAUGGUUCUUGAAUGCACCCGGAAGGCCUUGCCAAACUUUGUGUCUUUGGAGGAGUGGCUGCAUCGACGCCAGCGAUUGAAUCGUGGCAUCUCUGCCUGGCCGCCGCCACAGCCAGUUUGGCUUCUCGAGCCACAUGAGAGGUGGAAAAAAGAUCCGCCCCUGGAGCCUGUUCCCCUUCCGCACACGGGUCGGUUUCAGAGGAGAGACUCCACUCAACGUCGUGGCAGCAGUGUUUUCGGUAUUAACUUCACAGUCACCGACCAUGGACACAUCUUUGGGGCCUUGGCAGGCCUACAUGUGGUUGUGAGUUGCCAUGGCCCUGCAGCUCAGUAG